AAAAUAUCUACACUCUCUUCUGAAAAAAAUCCCAUCUCUACUUUUUUUUUUUUUGUUGUUCCAAUGGCUCUGUUCACUUCCAUCUCCACCACCCCAAGACCACUCACCAUCAUCCAUGGUGGUCUUUUCAAGAACCCCAGAAAAAACUUCUCCACCAUUACCACUUUUUCACCCAUUACAGCUUCUUCUCUUAGCCCUUCUUCUUCCCCUGAAUCAAAAUCAACAACCUCAAACACAAACUCAAGUCCAACUCAUGUUGACCCCAUUCAUGUCUCCUCUACUUCUUCACACUCCUCUUCAACAAAACAGCCUAAUUCCGGCUUCAAUUACGCGUUACCUAACUCCGCGGCUAACCCUCUUUUUCGAUUUGUUAGAGCAACUGAAUCCAGCAUUGAAAGGGUGAUUUUCGACUUUCGGUUUUUGGCACUUUUUGCAGUUGCAGGUUCAUUGGCUGGUUCCCUCUUGUGCUUUCUCAAUGGCUGCAUUUACAUUGUUGAUGCUUAUAGAGUUUACUGGAGUAGCUGUGUUAAAGGGAUUCAUACUGGUCAAAUGGUUCUCAGACUAGUUGAAGCUAUUGAUGUUUAUCUUGCUGGGACUGUGAUGUUGAUCUUUGGUAUGGGCUUGUAUGGAUUGUUCAUUAGUAAUGUUCCUCCUGAUGUGCCUUCUGAUGUUGAUCGCGCUCUUCGGGGUUCUUCCCUCUUUGGAAUGUUUGCAUUAAAGGAGAGGCCUAAAUGGAUGAAGAUAAGCUCACUAGAUGAGCUGAAAACCAAAGUGGGACAUGUUAUUGUAAUGAUUUUGCUAGUGAAGAUGUUUGAGAGGAGCAAGAUGGUGCAAAUAACAACAGGAUUGGAUCUUCUCAGCUAUUCUGUUUGUAUUUUUUUGUCAUCUGCUUCUUUGUAUAUCCUCCAUAAUCUUCACAAGGGAGAUUUGGAGUAAAUUAAAUAUAGUUUUACUUUUUUUUAGAUUGUUUGUAUUUGUUUUUGUAUAUAUAUAUAUAUAUAUAUAUGUGUGUGUAUACAUAUGGUUUUGUAACACUCAAAUUUAUAGAAACAUUUUUUGAAAGUAAAAUAGUUGAUUGAGUGAGUA